AUGCCUAUCCCGUUUCUUGGGCGCCUGAACAUCAUCGAGUAUGCCGCCCUCGUCGGAUCGUUCUUUCUUGUAGGCCUCGAAGCCUUCAUCCGCGUCUUCACCCUUGCCCUGCAAGAGGGCAGAGCGGAGAAGGAAGUCCGUGCCUCAGCCAUAUCAACGUCGAUCCGAAAUGCAUCCGAUUUCGUCGACCUUUGCGCUACAUUUGGAUAUACAGCCGAAGAACAUGUUGUCCAAACCAAGGAUGGCUACUUACUCGGCCUGCAUCGGCUGGCGUGGAGGAAAGGGGAAGAAGACACAAAGGUCAACCGCGGUAUCAACAGCGUCAAGAAGCGCGUGGUAUACCUGCAUCAUGGACUGCUGAUGAACAGCGAGGUCUGGGUUUGCCUGACGGAUGAGCAGCGGGCUCUCCCCUUUGUCUUGGUCGAAAAGGGGUUCGAUGUCUGGUUUGGGAAUAACCGCGGUAACAAGUACUCGAAAAAGUCCAUUUACUCGUCGCCCAGCUCGCCCAAGUUCUGGAACUUCUCCAUCGACGAGUUCGCCUUCCAUGAUAUUCCCGACAGCAUCAGCUACAUCCUGGAGACGACCGGCCAACCGUCGCUGUCGUACAUUGGCUUUUCGCAGGGCACUGCACAAGCUUUUGCCAGCCUGGCUGUCCACCCCAAGCUCAAUGACCAAGUCAACGUCUUCAUCGCCCUCGCCCCGGCCAUGUCGCCGGCGGGACUUUCCAACGGUGUGGUGGACGCGCUCGUCAAGGCCUCCCCGCAAGUGCUCUUCCUCCUCUUCGGUCGCCGCUCCAUUCUCAGCUCGGCCACCAUGUGGGAGUCCCUCCUUUACCCGCCGCUCUUCACCAAGGUCAUCGAUAUCGGCCUCUCCUUCCUCUUCAACUGGCGCACCCAAAACAUCAGCACCUCGCAGAAACUCGCCGCCUACCCUCACUUAUACUCCUUCACGAGCACCAAGUCGGUCGUUCACUGGUUCCAAAUCAUUCGCACCAAGUCCUUUCAGAUGUACGACGACGACGUCCACCCGCCGUUGCUCGUCUCGGCCACCAGCAAAUACACCAAGGUGGCCCGGUACCCGACCCGCAACAUCAAGACGCCCAUCGUGCUCGUCUACGGCGGCAGCGACUCGCUCGUCGACAUCAAGGCCAUGCUGCGCGAGCUGCCCCGCCAGACGGUCGCCAACGAGAUCCCCCACUACGAGCACCUCGACUUCCUCUGGGCCAGGGACGUGGCCGAGCGCGUGUUCCCCCACGUCUUUGAUGCGCUCAAGAGCUUCACGGGCGCCGAGCACACACGCGAGCAGUACGCCCGGUAUCAGCUGGCGCGGCAGAGCUCGAGUCUGCAGGCCAUGUCGCUGGGCAGCGGCGGCGGCGGCGCGCGGAGGAGGGGGCAGCAUGCGGCGAAGGGGAGUGAUGUCAUGGAUAGCGAUGUGAGCACGGCCGUGGGUGGCGGGAGUAAUCAGGAGGAGGAGGAGAGCGAGGCAGGGGCUGGUGGAGAGGAGAAGGCGGAGGUGGUGGCAAGCCCGGCAACGCCAACGAGGUGGGGGCCGAGGCUAAGUUUGAGUUUGGAUACUGCGCGGCAGAGUCCCCAUGCUCUGAGGGAGACGCACAUCCCUUCGCCGACUGGCGGGCCGCGGGGGAUUGCUCACGCUCGGUGCAGCUCGCUAAGUGGGUUGGAAAAGGCGGAGAGCUUGGCCGGACAGAGCCCGGUGUCACCUGUGUCGCCUACUUGGACUAGGCUCGGUAGUCCGCGGGUACCGAGGCUCCGGGACGCAGCGGUGCAGGCCGGCGACGUGGCUGUUGAGCAGAGCGUUGGAGCGCCCGGUUCUGCUGGUGCUAGCCCAGCGAGGGUGGCAGGGACUCCGUCUCCUCGGACGGGAACGGGCGGUGGUCAGUUGCGUCGGGAGUCGACGAAGGGUGGGAAGGGGACUACUACUUGA